GUACCCGGUAAGGAUCGGUCAAUGCUUGUUCCGAAUUGUUUUUUCAGGAUGGGAUUCUCCGCCGUGCUUUUGUCUGACCGCCAUCGUGACUACCGCCGUGCUAAGUACAGGCUUGAACACCUUGUGAGGACGCAUAAGGGAGCUGAUGACCGGAGUUUCAGGUCAAUCUACCAAGAGGAAGGGUCUAAAAGUCAGCAAAAAUCUAAUGGAAAUCGGAGGAGACGCCCUCAAAACCAACAUCACAACACUGAGCCCACUCGUCCUCCCAAUCUCCGAACAACUCUUCUUCUUCGCCACCUUAAUCCGCCGCCAUUUCUCCGGCGGUAACAAAAGCAACAAAUCCAAAACCUCAUCAUCGCCAUCCUCAAAGCCAUACAUCCCCGAGUACAAGCUGGCGUUCGAACACUUCUGCGUGCACGCGGCGAGCAGGGCCGUGCUGGACGAGCUGCAAAAGAACCUGGAGCUCAGCGAAGACAACAUGGAAGCCUCGAGGAUGACGCUGCACCGCUUCGGCAACACGUCGAGCAGCAGCAUAUGGUACGAAUUGGGGUAUUUGGAGGCUAAGGAGAGGGUCAAAAGUGGCGACAGGAUUUGGCAGAUCGCGUUCGGUUCUGGGUUUAAAUGCAACAACGCGGUAUGGCGUUCGAUGCGCCGUGUGAGGAGGCCGUCCGGUGAGAAUCCAUGGCUUGAUUGCAUUGAUAGAUACCCUGUGAGAGCUUGAAAUUUGGUUUAAUGGAUGCUCUUCGUCUUGCUGGA